GGACAAUGGAAAUCGUACAAGAUUUGGCAGCCUCCACUUUGAAAGAUAAUCCAUACUUCAGUGCUGGUGCUGGGCUAUUUGGAGUUGGGAUAGGAAUGGCUGCCCUUAGAAGAAUGAGUCAAGUUAUAAACCUUCUCGUUCGCCGUAAUCUUACUUUAACUUUAGAAGUGGCCAGUCAUGAUAAGGCUUAUCCCUGGGUUUUACAUUGGAUUACUCUGAAAUCUAAUGGACCGUUAAUGAAAGGUGGAAAAAACAAAAUAGGCGGUACAAGUCAACACUUAAGUGUUGAAACUAGUGUAGUACGUACAGAAGGCGGACGAAUCAAAGCUGCAUUCGGCUUUGUGCCUAGCGUUGGCGUUCACUAUAUGGUUCACCAAAUGAAAUUAAUCCGAAUUGAACGUGUUCGUGCUCAACAAUCCUUACAAGGUGCUACUGUAGCUCCAUUUGAAAGUGUAACUCUUACGACGUUCGGUCGCAACGCCAGAUUUUUUAUCGAUUUGCUCGAGGAGGCUAGAGAAGAAGCUCUUGCACGUGAAAAGGGUUGGACCGUUGUUUACAAGGCUGUUGGUUCAGAAUGGCGCCAGUUUGGUUAUCCUCGUCCACGUCGACCUUUAAAUUCUGUCAUACUGCGUGAUGGUAUAGCUGAAACUAUUGUAGCUGAUGUCAAAGAGUUUGUUGACAACCAGGCCUGGUAUACUGAUCGUGGUAUACCAUAUCAUCGUGGUUAUUUAUUAUAUGGACCACCAGGAUGUGGCAAAACUAGUUUCAUAACAGCUUUGGCAGGCCAUUUAGAUUAUAGUAUUAGCAUACUAAAUUUAAGCGAAUUCGGCAUGACGGCAGAUCGAUUAGAUCAUUUAUUAACGCAUGCACCGCUUCAAACUAUCAUCUUACUUGAGGAUAUUGACGCAGCAGUGCAUAAUCGUAACACAUCAAAUAAUGAUCGACUUCAUAGCAAAGCUUAUGAAGGUAUGCCAACACUCACUUUAAGUGGAUUGUUAAAUGCACUAGAUGGUGUAACCUCGACGGAUGGUCGCAUCAUAUUCAUGACUACAAACUAUAUCGAUCGACUUGAUCCUGCUCUAAUACGACCCGGUCGCGUUGAUAUGCGUAUACGAGUUGACGUUUGCGACUCGUCCCAACUAAUGCGCAUGUUUAGUCGCUUUUACCCACAGUGGACGUCGUCUGACAUUAAUAAUUUAGCUCAAAAAUUUGCAAGUCUAUUAAAGGAUACACCUUUGAGUUCAGCACAAGUUCAAGGUUAUUUGCUGUUGCAUAAAGAUGACCCUUUAAAAGCAAUUAGUAAUAUAAAUCAACUGUUGUCUCCGUGUGAUUCAUAAAUUUUUAAUCUUAUACCCAGUAAUACGCUUAAAAUGUUGCAUAAUUUAAAUUUUCAGGAUGGUUUAGAUUAUUGUUGAUUAAUUCCAUUCAAAUUGUUUGUUGUUUAUAAUCUUGUGUACAUAAUCUAUGUUUUUAAUCAAAUAAAGAAAUUUGCAUGAAAAGGUUAGUUAAA